GGCCGACAAAAGGGGAUCGGCCAACCUGAGAAAAGGCAUCGACGAUGAACUGACUGUAGGAUAGCUACUUUCCCCUUCUCCUCUGCUCUUCCUCCUCGAGUUCCCUGUUGAUUUUGUACCCCUUUUACAUCCAAAGUUUGAUCUGAAUCCUCUGUGCGUGGCGCCAGCGGCAAGGAUCGUAACAUCUUGGUCAUCUUAUCCGUUCCCAGCCAGCAGCUAGCAAUCCUUGGUCAUUUCAUCCUCCGGAUAUCUCCACUGCUGCCCUAUUCCCUCGAAAUGGAGAAUAAUCUACCAGUCAACAUUCGUGAGUAUCAAGAACUGGCCAAAAAAGCACUGUCAAAGAUGCACUAUGAUUACAUCAACGGAGGAGCGGAGGAUGAACACACAUUGAGGGACAAUAUCGCAGCAUAUGGAAGAAUUUUGUUACGACCUCGGGUUCUUGUAGAUGUCAGCAACAUAGACAUGUCGACAAGCUUGUUGGGAUAUAACAUGCCCUCUCCCAUAAUUGUUGCACCAACGGGGUCACACAAAGUAGCAACCCCAGAAGGGGAGGUGGCUACAGCAAAAGCUGCAGCAUCAUGUAAUAGCCUAAUGGUGCUAUCCUUCUCAUCCAAUUGCAGAAUCGAGGAGGUUGCUUCCAGUUGUAAUGCGAUUCGUUUUUAUCAGCUAUUUGUGUUUAAGAAGAGAGAUGUUUCAUCAACAUUGGUACGGCGGGCCGAGAGUAAUGGAUUCAAGGCAAUUGUUUUGACAGUUGACACUCCUGUGUUCGGUCGACGUGAAGCUGAUAUUAGAAAUAAGAUGGUUGCUUCUCCGAAGCCAAACCUCGAAGGUUUAAUUUCAAUAGAUGAUCUUAAUACCACAGGCGGCUCGCAGAUUGAGAAAUAUGCGCGUGAUACGCUGGAUCCAUCUUUAUCAUGGAAGGAAGUGGAGUGGCUGAAAUCCAUAACCAGCCUGCCGAUUCUACUGAAGGGCAUUGUCACGGCCGAAGAUGCUAGGAAAGCAGUGGAGGCUGGGGUGGCCGGUGUGAUCGUGUCCAACCACGGCGGUCGGCAGCUUGACUAUGCGCCUGCCACCAUAUCCGUGCUCGAAGAGAUAGUGAAGGCGGUGGCGGGAGCGGUGCCGGUGCUGGUGGACGGCGGAAUCCGGCGGGGGACCGACGUGCUCAAGGCGCUGGCGCUCGGUGCCCGGGCAGUCAUGGUGGGGAGGCCGGUGCUGUACGGGCUGGCGGCGCGGGGCGAGGCCGGGGCGAAGCACGUGAUCGAGAUGCUGAACAGCGAGCUGGAGCUGGCCAUGGCGCUCUGCGGCUGCCGGAGCCUCGCCGAGGUCACCCGGGACCGUGUCCAGACCGAGGGCGACCGGAUCAGGUCGCUGCUGUGAGCUAUUCCUGCGUGCCGGUGGCAAAGGCGAGUUGUUAACUUGUUAUCUGCCAGACGCGCCCUUUGUAUUCGUGCUUGAAAAAUAAGGAGCUUGAUGAAUCCCGGGUAUGCCAUUUCUCAUCGGAACCACCUCACAUCAGUGGGGACGAACGGCGGAACGACGGAGUGUGAGGUUUUGUAGAACUUUCAAGCAUACUCUUUGGUUUUUUAGAUGAUACGGAGUAUAUUUUUGUUUGAUCCA